AGUCCUCACUCUAGAUUGGAGAUGAGCACCCCUCUAGUAGGGCACCCAAAGGUUCAGGCUCUAAGGUGUGAGGCCUGAACUCUGCCCCCACCCUCCAGGAAGGGCCCCUCAUAUGUGGCUGCAGGGAGCAGUCACGUGUGGGUCUUUCAUUAGACCCUACCAUAUAAGUGAGGGCACAGGUAGCCAGGAACUCGCUAGGCAAGGACGAGCAAGCAGAGGCCAUGCUGACCACAGUGCUGCUGAGUUGUGCCCUGCUGCUAGCAUUGCCUGAAACGCAGGGGGCCCAGAUGGGCUUGGCCCCCUUGGAGGGCAUCAGAAGGCCUGACCAGGUCCUGUUCCCAGAGUUCCCAGGUCUGCAUGCUCCGCUGAAGAAAACUCCAGACAAAGCAGAAGAGGCUCUGCUGCAGAAAGCAGAAGCUUUGGCAGAGGUGCUAGACGCACAGAGCCGCGAGCCCCGCACCCCACGCCGCUGUGUAAGGGUGCACGAGUCCUGCUUGGGGCAGCAAGUACCAUGCUGUGACCCGUGCGCCACAUGCUACUGCCGCUUCUUCAACGCUUUCUGCUACUGCCGCAAGCUGGGUACUGCUACGAAUCCCUGCAGUCGCACCUAACCGGCCAACAUCUGGACAGAGACGGGAGACGCAAAUAAAGGAUGGGACCAAUCCAAAGUCUGUGGUUCUUUCGAACGUGGGCGUUGUAGGGGGGCUGGGUUCAGGGAAGAAGUAGGGGGUGUCACCUAGCCAGGAAAUCACACACACCCUUACC